GUAUUUCGACGUACUCACCGUGCCAAGGACUCUGGAGUUGCCAGCAUCCACUGUGGAUAUUGCCCAGACUAUGCUGAUAAACGACAGCAGACAUGUAAAAUCCAUCACAUACACGUUAUACCGAACACAGCAUGCGAUUCCGGUGUAUCAAUGGUGCUAAUACAGACUCAGCCGGGCAGACGACUGGACCGGACUGCCGCAGAAGUCACGAUUUGAUACUCGGCGGACUGCUUGAAUCGUUCAACAUCAACAUGGAUUCGGCAAGCAACAACAAAAUGGACUUGACAACGGUAACUUGGGAUCACGCGGUAAACUCCAAGGAUAAAAUGCAACAGGCUAUGACCAGUAAUGCUAUGAUGAUUGAAGCUGAUGUAGUGGCCGGUCAUAUAAUGGACGGCGAGGAUAUGGUUGUCGAUGAGAAUCAAGAAAAAAUUGCCAUUAUGGGACAUCCUCCUAAUGUGGUUUCAGAUUUGAGUCUUCAAGAAUUUCUACAUGAUUGGAAUCGCACGACAAAAGGACUAAAGCUGGAUUUCAAGUCGACCGACGCAUUUUUACUGGCAUUGCCAGUUAUGGAAAACAUGUUCAAAGACCUUCCACAGGGACGUACACCUUGGUUGAACGCAGACAUCCUUCCGGGUCCUGGUCCUGGUGGAAAUCCUGGAGUUGAUGCAGAUAUUUUCCUAAGAGCUUCGGUCAAGAAUUUUCCAAAUUCAAUGCUGUCGUUGGGUUGGACUACCAAACGCAAUGAUUUUGGCGCAUAUUCCGAAAGUUACAUCAACAGUAUGGUGGACGUUCUGUUCAAAAACAAGUACAUGAAACCGGUGACUUACGCGGUGCGAGCCUCGUUCGCGGUCAAUUCGAUAGCCGAACUACAAUACCUGUUGGAGACCUCGCCCGUCGGAUCCACCCUGACCGUUUGGUGUAGCGAUUCCAAAGACGUCGUAGACCACGUCAAGUUGGUCAACCUGGUCCGGACAAUCGGUCCGAAAAAAGUGUACUUGGACUUGCCAGACGUCAUGUCCAGGGCGUACUUGGACAUGGAAGCCACCACCAGCGCGGCAGCCGGCAGUGACAGUUGCGUUACUACGUUGAACACACUGAUGUUGGCCUCGACGACGAUGCUGAUGAAAACCCUAUUCCUUUAAAUAAUAAUAGUCCAUGUUUACAAUACCAACGUUUGAUUUUUCAUGUAUAAAUAAAAAACUCGAAGCAACUCUAUCGACCGGUAAACAAAUGUACUCCCAAAACGUAGGUGAGAACCGUCUAGCUGUAACGUUUUCUAAGGUCGACUGCGUUGUAAGCCAAUAAAGUAAUAAUUACAAUUUAAUGCCCAAUCAAGCCCGUACUGGUCCACCGGGAUACCAAGUUAGGUUAGGUUAGGUCUUGUAGGUAACACAGCUUAAAAGUUCAACCGGACUGUUUCAAGCAAACGCUAUCGCUGCACCGAGUGGUAACGGCCGGCUAAAUGUGACAGUUACAUAUGCGGUUAGGUUUUUCUAUUUUGGAUCACCGUGGUGACGGUUAGGUUUGGUUAGGUUCGGUUAGGUUAGGUUUGGUUAGGUUGGUUAGGUUAGGUUAGGUUAGGUUGUGUUAGGUUAUGUUGGCGGUGGUUCAAGGGUUGACGAAGAAAUAAAAAGUUAAUUUCUAUGACCAUUUGGCGGCCCUUAUCACUUACCAUCAAGAUAUGGAAUACUAUCAGCACUUUACCCCGAUCAGCGUGUAAGCCAAUAAAUAUAUUAGGGAAGACGACAGACAAGCGGGGCGAUGAGCCAGUAUUGUCGUUUACUACACAACCGGUAUCGAAUUAAUAUAGACAUUCCGGUGUUUGCUAUAGACCAGGCGGGCCAUAUCCGUUUUGUCGAGUAAACAACUGAAAGUCCUAAACGAUUUACUAUGGAAAAACAUUUGAUCGUUAAGUUUCAAAUUGCGACAGUCAUAAUAUGCGCAAGAAAACGGCACAAGCAAACCCGAGACGGACCAGGGCAAUUUUCUUAGGAAAGCACACCAUUGGCAAAGGAUGACAAGGUCAAGACAUAUGGAACAACACCUAUACAAUAAUAUUGCCAUCCAUUGCCAAUGUUGUGCUUACCAAAGAAAGUUGACCUGAUCCGACUCGGCUUCACUUGUAUCGUUUUUUUAUGCAUAUUACGACUGUCGCGUUUCUAAUCUUAACGAGCAAAUGUUUUUCCAUGGUAAAUCGUUUAUAGCUUUAAAUGUUUUACUUGACAAAACAAAUAUUACUUGCCUAGUCUAUGGCAAUGACCGGAAUGUCUAAAUUUAUUGGAUACAAGUUGUGUAGUCUACGUCAAUACUGGCUCAUUGUACCCACGUGCCUGUCGUGUCUCUUAUCAUUAUUGUCUGAUAAUAUGCCAUACUUGGAGGCGAGUGAUAAACCAAAGCGGUAACCAAAGCGGUUACCUCGAUUCCAAUGUUCUCAUUGGUUAUUAAGAUAUGUGAUAACUGAUAAGUGAUUGUAUUAUUUAACUUGUCAGUUUGUUAUUAUUUGGCAUUUUAUUUUACUUUCUUUUAACGUUUCGGUUUAUAUAAAUUAUUUAUAUAUAACGUUUUAACACAUUGGUUAGAUAGUCUAUACUUUUCUAAAAAUAGUUUGUCAUCAAGGUCAUCAAUUUUUUCUUAUUUUGAAGGCCUAAAAAAAAAGUAGGUAGUGAUAAGAAUUAUUUCCAUUGUUAUACUCAAGACAGGCAAGACAUAAUAAUAUUAUCUAAAUUACAAAAUACAAUAAAUUAUGAUAUUUGAACCUAUAAUGCAAGUCUGUGCCAUUCCUUUUUACCUAAUCAACCUACAUAAAAAAACUUCUGCUUACCCAAUAAAGGGUUAUCGAAGUUGUAUUUUCUAUUGUUCUCUAAUACUCAAUAUAAAAAAGUUCCUCAUCAAAUGUGUAAUCCAUUAUUAUAUAUAUAAUAUUCUGUAGACCACAAAAGGAUAACACAUUUUUGCUGUGACGACUUUUUAAUACAAGCUGCAAUUUUCUUUUUGGUCUUUUUAGGUUUCUUUUUUUUUAUCCGUACAAGUGGCGCUGCACCCAUUUUUGAUUGAACACAACUAAAAUAUGUCAUACAUUUUGAUUAAAAGUACAAAACAGAAAACUUAGGUUAGGUUAAGACAGUACGGGCUUGAGUGUGAUUUUCUAUUAUGUAUUUAUUGUUUUCACUCUGUUCUCCUUCCGUGUCACAGUUAGGUUAGGUUUUUAUUUUUUAUUAAACUUUCUCAUCCAUCAGAAUGGUGAAAUCAAAAACAUUUUAAAAGGAUAAAGUCAUAAGGUAAAAAAAUAUAUAUUCAAUUUUUAUCUACAACUUUUCAAACUGAUCAUACACUCUGAUGGGAAUUACUUAAUAAUAAUAUUUUAUAUAAUAUACAUAUUUAUUUACCUAAUGUAAUCAACAGUUAUAAAUGGAAAAACGAUAUUUCAUUAUAUUUUUUUGUCAGUGAAAAUAAUUUGAUGGCUAACGUUGGUAAAAUACCUUCUACUAUGCUAAUAAUAUCUCCUUAAAAAAUAAAACAGACUUAUAAAUAUUAAAAAACAAAUAAAUAGUAG